AUGCCGUCACGGGAACUACAAUUUAUUAUUACAGCGCCCGAAGCUGGCGCAUCAUCCAGCUCACAGCAGAGAGUCGCCCGCGCGCACGCCGCGCGCACUGCCCACGCCAAGGCGCGGCGCCUUCGGACUUCGCAAUACCAGGCCCAGAAGAAGCGCGAAGAGCUGAUUGACGCGAGUCGUAGAUUCAACAGGCUAACCGAGAUCGUCACGGUACUUCCGGCUUCCCGAAAAGACCCAUUCACCAGCUUCGCAAGGCCCUUGCAGCCCUUGGAGCAAAGGCUAUUUGAUCACUAUGUGACAGGUGUAAUCCCCCUAAUGCGCUGCACCGAGCUCGCUGUCGACUUCUCCCAACGCAUGACAACGGUAUGGGUACCGCUUGCGCUGACGGAAGCAAAUCUUUUGGAUAUAUUAUUUCUUGCGUCGUGUCGGAAUUUAUCUGCGAGCUAUCAUCACCAAGACCAAGAACAACAAAAACAGUUCUUCACGCAGCUAGGCUUUCAAUAUAAGCUCAAAAGCUUACAGUCAUUGAGAGACGCGAUCUCAGCGGAGACACCGGUCUAUAGUGACUCGACUGUUGCAAAGGCGAUAAUGCUAGCCUAUGACGAGUUAUUCAUCAAUGAUGAGGCCAUGUUGAAGCGCCAUGUCGACGGAGCUGUUAGGAUGGUUGGACUUAAAGGUGGUCCGCAAACGCUCGGUUUGGAUGGUCUUCUUGAGCACCUUCUUUCCAAUCUACUGUCUAAGGUAGUAGGGAAGGUUGGCAUCCAAGUCAGGACACCCUGGGAAGAUCAAGUCAGUUCAAAUUAG